AUGUUGCAAGGGACGUCUCAGGUAAUGUUUGUCAAUAACCCUCUCAGUGGGCUGCUCAUUUUAGUGGGGCUUUUCAUCCAGAAUCCCUGGUGGAUGCUCACUGGCUAUACUGGGUUGGCCGUUUUGACAUUAACAGCCCUGACCCUCAGUCAGGACAGGUAGGUGGUACCUUCAGGGCUCUAUGGCUAUAACGGAUUCUUGGUGGGACUGCUCAUGGCCAUCUAUUCUGACAAAGGCGAUUACUACUGGUGGCUCCUACCUCUGGUGGGGGUUAUAUCCAUGGCCUGUCUAGUCUUGUCCAGUGCUUUGGCAUCAGUCUUCAGUAAAUGGGACCUUCCUGUUUUCACUCUGCCUUUCAAUAUUGCGGUAACUUUGUAUUUGGCUGACACAGGAUAUUACAACUCCUUCUUUCCUACAACCCUCAUCUGGCCUGUAACAUCUGCACCCAACAUCACCUGGUCUGCAAUCAAUGUGCCCCUGGUGUCCCAAGGAAAACACAGUGCACUCCUAGCAAAUGACAACAACUACAUUUCAUAUAUCGAACCUCACAGCCCUGCUUUUUGCCUUGCAGCGCUGACUCUGGCAACACUGUUCGACAGCAUCUACCUCAGCUUGCACAACUACAACUGUGCGCUUGCCUGCAUUGCAAUUGGAGGCAUGUUCUAUGCCCUGACCUGGCAGGCUCAUCUGCUGGCCCUUGCCUGUGCAUUAUUUUGUGCCUACUCUGGAGCAGCUCUUACUAAUAUGCUAUCUGUGGUGGGACUGCCACUCUGUACGUGGCCCUUUUGCUUCUCCGCACUUCUCUUGCUGCUCGCCUCAGACAACCCAGCCAUGUACAAGCUCCCACUCUGCAAAGUCACCUACCCAGAGGCCAAUCGCAUCUACUAUCUGAGGCCUCUGGUGCUGGACACCACAGCUAAACCUGUACCAGUAAAUGGGGCAGCGCACAACAUCUCUGAGGCUUGUACAUCUCAAGCACAGUCCUUGGAAUGUGUUGGCCUGGGCCAAGCCACAUUGAGCAGUCUGGAGCUACAAGCUUUUGCAGUUACCCAGACUGAGAAGGUGCAGCCUGGAGCCCUCGGGCUGGAGCGAGGGAACCUUGGGUCUCCAGAGCCGGUGGCAGAGAUGAGAUACGAGAAUUAUCUAUUGGGGGAGUUUGGGGAGUCAGCAGCUGCUCAAAACAUCACCAUGGAAAACAGCACUGAUGUUAAGAUAGACACCAAAGGGGAGAGGAAGCCAAGGAAGCAGAAUCCAUUGAGCAAAGGUGGAAAGAGAGUCUGCAAAGCUGUUGGCUACAUCACUGGGGACAUGAAGGAAUUUGGAGGCUGGCUAAAAGAUAAACCUCUUACGAUCCAGUUCAUUGACUGGGUGCUGCAAGGGAUAUCCCAGGUGAUGUUUGUCAAUAACCCCCUCAGUGGGCUUAUCAUAGUGGCUGGUUUCCUGGUACAGAAUCCUUGGUGGACACUCACAGGCUGUUUGGGAACAGUCUCAACUUUGACAGCACUUAUGCUGGUCCAGGACAGAUCGGCCAUAGCAGCAGGCCUGCAUGGCUACAAUGGGGUCUUGGUGGGAUUGCUCAUGGCUGUCUUCUCUGCUAAGGGAGACCACCACUGGUGGCUUCUACUUCCAGUAGCACUGGUGUCUAUGACAUGCCCCAUUUUCACCAGUGCUUUAGGCUCAGUCUUCAGUAAGUGGGAUCUGCCAGUUUUCACCCUGCCUUUCAACUUGACCUUGACUCUUCUGGCUGCCUCAGGACCCCAUAACCUCUUCUUCCCUACAACUCUCAUUCAGCCUGCAACAACAACACCCAACAUCACCUGGACUGAUGCUGAAGUGUCAAUGUUGCUCCAAUCCAUUCCGGUCGGAGUUAGUCAGGUAUAUGGCUGUGAUAACCCCUGGACUGGGGGGAUUUUCCUUGUUGCUCUAUUUCUCUCUUCUCCGCUCAUUUGCCUGCACGCAGCAAUUGGAUCAGCAGUGGGGAUGCUGGCAGCCCUGAGCUUAGCAACACCUUUUAGCAAAAUCUACUCUGGCUUGUGGAAUUACAACAGUUCCCUCUCCUGCAUCACAAUCGGAGGCACGUUCUAUGCAUUCACCUGACAGACACAUUUGUUGGCAAUUGCUUGUGCACUCUUUAGUGCCUACAUGGGAGCAACACUGACUAAUAUGUUGGCUGUG